AUGGCACCGCCAACGAUUGAGGUCAAGGAUCUCACCUACCAGUUUCAGGAUGGAUCUGCCGGUCUCAAGAAUGUAACUCUCAGUCUUCCUCCUGGCAGUCGGACAUUGCUUGUUGGCGCGAACGGCGCGGGGAAGACGACAUUGCUUCGUCUUCUAUCGGGGAAACGUCUGGCGCCAACGAACACGAUUUCGGUCGCAGGAGUUGAUCCCUUCAAAGAGAAUCUCGAAGGAGUCACCUACCUCGGCGUGGAGUGGGUGCUCAACAGCAUCGUCCGGACGGACAUCGACGUCCCGACGCUGCUCUCCUCCGUCGGAGGGGACGCCUUCCCCGAGCGGCGAGAUGAGCUCGUCGAGAUUCUUGACAUCGACCUUGGGUGGCGGAUGCAUGCCGUGUCGGACGGCGAGCGAAGGCGCGUCCAGCUAGCCAUGGGCCUGCUCCGGCCCUGGGAUGUGCUCCUCCUCGACGAGAUCACCGUGGACCUUGACCUGUUGUCGCGGAGCAACUUCCUGGCCUUCCUCAAGCGCGAGACAGAGACACGAUCCUGCACGAUUGUCUACGCAACCCACAUUCUGGACAAUCUGGCGCAGUGGCCGACGCAUCUGGUGCAUCUGCAUCUGGGCCGGGUGAAACAGUGGGGACCAAUGGAGAAAUUCAACGAGCUAGUCCCUCAACGAUCCCCUGAAAAUAGCCUGCUGGGUGACCUCGUCCUGCAGUGGCUCAAGGAAGACCUGAAAGAACGCGGACCGAGGAACAGACGACCAGGGCAGGAGAAGACGUACGAAUCCCACGAGGGGAAAGGGGGCUAUGGGCUAGAGAAAAUGUCCUGA